UGGAUCAGAUAUGUUUACAAACUGUUUGAAUAGAUGCAGUUGCUUUAUGAACCCGGAACUCACGUUGUUACAUGCUUUAGGAUAAAUUUAUUCAAAUGCAAAAAAAAAAAAAAAAAAAAAACAUAUAUAUAUAUAUAUAUAUAUAUAUAAGCAUGAACCAAAACAAACUAGGCUACAAGAUAUUAUUUCCUUUGUUUGAGGCAAAAACGUAUUUAACUACAGUAUGCAUCCCAUAAAGCACUGCAAAAGAUGAACAAAAAAUGAUGGUACUGUAUAGAACUAUUGAUUUGUAGACUUUUAAGUAAAAUUAUUUUAUACAGGGUUGCCAGGUUUUCACAACAAAACCCGCCCAAUCAAAGCUACUCAAAACUAGCCCAGUCACGUUCCGGGGGUAAAAUCCCUGGUUUUGGCGGGGUUCCCCUUGUAAAAUUUGCAUUCCAGGGACUAAAUAUCAUGUUAUUUGGGGUCGCUUCAAUUUGCAGCCCGGUUUGCCAGGUUUUUUUUUACAACAAAACCCAUCAAAUUGACACUCAAAACCAGCCCAAAUGCGUUUCAGGGGGGUCUCCCGGAAAAAAUUGCGUUCCGGGGGGGUAAAAUCCUUUUUUUUUUUUUUGGCAGGGUUCCCCUUGUAAAAUUUGCAUUACAGGGUCUAAAUAUCAACCCGCGGACAUGAAAAACAACCCGCGGCCAGAGUUGCCAGGUUUUCACAACAAAACCCACCCAAUUGCUACUCAAAACUAGCCCAUUUGCGUUACGGGGGUAAAAUCCGCAUUUUUGGUGGGGUUCCCCUUGUAAAAUUCACAUUCCAGGGACUAAAUAUCAUGUUAUUUGGGGUCGCUUCAAUUCGCGGCGAGGGUUGCCAGGUUUUCACAACAAAACCCGUCAAAACCUGUGUUCUGGGGGUAAAAUCCACGUUUUUUGGCGGGGUUCCCCUUGUAAAAUUCGCAUUCCAGGGGCUAAAUAUCAUGUUAUUUGGGAUUGCUUCAACCCGCAGCAACAGUGUUAAAGUAGCCCAGUUCCGUGGGAAAACCAUGGACUUGGCAACAUUGAUUUUACAUUUAUUGCAAAAUAGUCAAAUACAAAUAUCUAAACUUAGUAAGGAAACUGAUUUGACUUCUAUGGUGACAACGCCUUCUCUCAUUGGUGGACCCAAAGUCCUGUUUGCUGAAAGUGAUAGUUCACCUAAAAAUGAAAAUAAUGUCAUCAUUUACUCAUCUACAUGCCAUAAGUCCUUCGUUCUCCUAACCCACUCGAUUCAUAUAGAUUUCUUUUACGUUCUGUUUUUAAGUGUCAAAGUUUCGGUUGAGGAACAGAAAUAUCUCAGGUUUCAAUAAAAAUGUCUUUGUUGGUUUUUUUAAAAAGAUGUACGUAAGUUCGGAAUGACAUGAACGUGAGUAAUGAUGACAGAAUCUUUAGGUGAACAUUUUAUGUUUAUAUGUUGAGUAAACUUUGUUAUUGUUACAAAUCAGUUUCUUUAUGGAGAAAGUGCAUGGGACUUUUACUUCCAGAACCAGAAUGUUGCCCUCUGUUACAAGUUUCUAUAAUAUUUUUUUGAUUUUGUUAAUAUUUUUUCUGUAGAAAGACAAACAUAAAUAGUGAUUAAAGCCAAAAUAUUAAAUGUCACAGAUGUAUAUUUACUGAGUAAUCCACUAUUUUGUAAAGGAGGAUCAAAAUGACAAAUUGACCAAUUUACUCAUGGAGCCGCAUUAAGAUCUCCAUAUCUCUGGGAAUGAACCAUCGAGGGCCUUUAAAAUGAAGAUACCAAAAGAAAAGUUAGUUAAGAACCAGAAUCUGAAAGGAUAUUAAGAUAUCUUUAAUACUUCUUGAGUUACAGGCCUGCAAACUUGAGGCAUAAACACACAAGAAGUGUUUUUUCCCCAUUUUCGAACUGUCACCAUUGGCAUAUAAUGAAACAAAGAUUGCUAAAGUCAACAGAUUUUAUUAAUAGAUCUACCAAUCUCUGUAUGAAAAUAAAAUAAUGAUGCUGCCAUCUUUCUAAAGACAUUUUUACACCCCUAUAAUUUGGCUCCAAAUCUCAGGUGAAUGGUCAUUUUGACCCCCCUCUACAAAAUAGUGGAUUACUCAGUAAAUAUACAUCUGUGACAGUUAAUAUAUUGCAUUUCAUCACUAUUUAUAUUUCUACAUAAACACAGUAAAACUGUGGUCAAGAGAAGGAUGUGUUCCUCAACGGCAUGUGUUAUCUUGUCAGAAUUCUUCAUGCAGGAUAUUUCCUACAGUCUGAAUCGAGUGAGGACUCAGGAGCAGUUACUGAAGUCAGUCCUGCUGUACUCUUUCGACCACAACCACAUCACCCCGUUCACAUCGCUCUGCUAUCUCGAUGUAAAGGAACAGAAACCCUCGAAGGAUCAGAUGUGUUCUCAUCAUCUCAUCACCCAGCAGUCGGUCCCCCUUCUCAGCUUCCGCGUCCACACCGAGAGACGGGUCCGUCGCCGCUGGGUGGAGGUCGACGUGACCUCCUUCCUCCGUCCUCUCAUUCAGGCCCAUAAGAAGGACAUCCAUCUGCUGAUCAACUUGACCUGCGUUGAAGAUAUGAUCCCAAGAUCUGGAGGCCAGAUUCAUAAGAGCCCGGUUGAGCUAACUCACAGAUCUCCGUCCCUUCUUUUGUACCUAAACGACACCAGCGAGAUCGCGUACCAGAGAAGAGCCACGCAAGGUAGGAUGGUGGAUCUGACGUCAAACCACUGGGAUAGAAAGUCCACGUUGUGGGAGUCAACUUCACGAAAGCGACGAGGAACCCUAAAGAGCACCAAUUCGCCUCACGCGAGAAUGGAAACCAGCAUGCCCAAACUCGUUCCCAUGUAUGACUUUCCGACAGAUGACUGCGACCUGUAUGAUUUCAGAGUGAGCUUCAAUCAGCUCAAACUGGACCACUGGAUCAUAGCGCCUCACAAGUACAAUCCGAGGUACUGUAAGGGAUUUUGUCCUAGGGCUGUGGGAUAUAUCUAUGGGUCACCCAUGCACACCAUGGUUCAAAACAUCAUUUACGAGAAGCUAGACUCCUCUGUGCCAAGACCUUCAUGUGUUCCCUCAGAAUACAACCCCUUAAGUGUUUUGACCAUUGAGAACGACGGAUCCAUUGCCUACAAGGAGUAUGAGGAGAUGAUCGCGACCAAAUGCACUUGCCGAUAAGAUUAAUAACUUGGCUGUUGAAUCUUUUUUUUUUUUUUUUUUUUGUGAUGCAUUGCUUUGUAAAACACCAUCCUUUUUUUUUUUUUUGCACUGGCCAUUCUUAUUAUGAAGAUGAUUAUGAAAUGACUUGACCACAUGUAUACAAUAAUUUGCGGAUUUUUGUUUUGUUUUGUUGUUUACCAUUACUCUUUAUCAGAUUCAAUAAUGCUUUGGUGUUUUCUUAGACACAUUUUUUUUGCUGUAAAAUAGUUAUAAUAUGGGGGUAUUUAAUUGGCUUAAAGGAUCAUUUUCUUCUUUGAUGACCAGUUAUGUUGUUUUAAUUUUUUUUCUUUAGGUUGGUGGUCUUGUCUUGCACUUUCUAUUCUAUAAAAAUGAAUGGCAAAAAUUUUAAUACUUCUAGUUCUGGACAGAAUAUGAAAAGUGUAGUUCUAUUGUCUUAUCAGAACACUUUUACAUUGUUUUUUUAAAACCUGGGAAUUGCAGACGGUUGUCUCAUGGGCAACCUCGCUCUUCUUGACGUCCAGAAAAUAAGUUGCCUUAAUUGUGGGCAACUUGAUAUGUGUUUAUUAAGUGCUUUAAAGAAAGUAAUAGAUGAGAAUGUGUGUCACAUGCCUAUUUAUAUUAUUUAUGUCUGUGUAAUUUGGUCUAGCUGGCUUUGGUUUCACAAAAAAAAAAAAAAAAAAAGUGGGGAAAAAAUCCCAUAUGAAAAUCUAAAAUAAAAUAAAAAUCAGCA